AUGCUGGAUCCCACUACCGGAACACUGCCCAAUGUUGUGCUUUUUCCAGAUCAAGCGCAGAUGUUGUCGGCUGUCGUUUUCGCUUCCCCACAUACGACUUCCGAUGUAUGGGCUGCGCCCCACUCCAGUCAAUCGACCUAUGAAAUCAAGACUGCAACCUCAUCUGCGUUGCUUACCCUUGCACGGCGCAUUCAGGAAGGCGCAUUGAUCGCUGACCUAGGUCUUGAUAUUCCGCACUGUUCUAAUGAUGCGCUGGUGCUCUUGCUUCACUAUCUUGCGUUAUCAUUGUCUCCGAGUGCCUCUGCAUUCAAUGACACUGGUGUUGUCCUGUGCGGCAUGAGCAGCAAUGCACCACGAGUCGCGUCUGGAAGGGAUGUUGCCCGCCUUUACUACGAAAAAGGGUUGCAAAUCGAUCCCACGCAUCCCCAUUUACUUUCGAAUUUCGGCUCGCUCCUCAAAGACGCGGGCCAUAACACCUCUGCAGUUGGGGUUUUCAACCACGCUCUAAAACUACACCCUGAAUUAGACAUUGCACUGGUCAACAUGGCAAAUACCCUGAAAGAUAUGGGCCGUCCUGCAGAUGCAGUUCCUUAUUACCUUAAGGCUGUAAACAUAAAUCCAGGCCUGGUCGACGCCUACUGUGGACUGAGCAUGUCGAUGAAUGCAGUCUGUAAUUGGACAGCACGAGACCAUUGGUUGACAAACGCAAUAGCGAUAUGUGAAGAGCACCUUUCGGAGCUUUAUCACCAGAACAUCGGCAUCCUCGGCGAGAGGAGCGUUGAUGACUGGCUUCUCACUGUAGCCUUGACUACAUCAAGACCUCAGUGCGACCACAGUUUGAGAAGAUGGGUUCACCGAUUUUGCCUUUUCACAGAUAUUUCUGAUGGGCGACAACCUCUCCUCAACGAAGGGAGUUUCCUUAUACGCCUUGUCGAUUGGUACCGGACUAGGAUGCAACACCGACGUUACGUUGAAACCUACGGAGAAACACUCUACGGCGAAGAGGUGCCACAUUCGCCACCGGAGGCUGCUCCUACUGCGAGGCCGUUUGGCUCUAUAUUUUCCUCAGCGUCCUUACAAAAGGUCCCAACUGUACUCCCUUUUCAUACCUUCACGCUUCCACUCCCCAGCCGUACCAUUCGGCGCAUUGCACAUAGAAAUGCUCUUCGUGUGUCGCAUAAUAUAAUGACACAGAUAUCACCAGACAGAGUGCCAUUGCUGCCGCUGCCUCCGUUGAAACGGCGUAUUAACGUCGGUUAUGUAUCCAGCGACUUCAGUGACCAUCCCUUAAGUCAUCUGAUGAGAUCGGUUUUCCAGCUACACGACCAAAAUCGGUUCUGCGUCUUCCUAUAUGCGACGAGCCCAUCAGAUGGGUCGGUCUUCCGACAGUACUUUGAGCAGGGCGACCUCAACUUUUUCGAUGUCUCUUCUUGGUCAAAUGUAGACAUUGUUAACAGGAUUGAGGAGGAUCAUAUACAUAUCCGUAUGUCACAUACCUCCCUGAGCUCCCUCAGGACCAUCACAUGUCCUGUCGACCUAUUUGCACGAGUUCAAGCAUAUCGGAAACGGAGCCUAGAUCAUUGCUGCCAACACAGUGAUUUUGGAGUUUCGCAUACAUAUUUUGUCACCGACCACAGACAGUCUUAUCGACAUGGCGAAAAUCUUUCUGUCGAGGAGCGUGCUCAGACGCCGGCGGACAAGCUCUGGAAUGAUGAAAUCAAGUGUAGAGCAGAUCUUAGACGAGCCCUGUUUCCUGAUUUGCCCUUUUCAUGUCAGAACAUAUUUGCAACUUGGCUUCGUAUUCUAGCCCGGGUUCCACGCAGCAUCCUUUGGUUGCUGCGAUUUCCCAGUGCUGGAGAAGCUCACCUGAUCCAAACUGCCAAGGAGUGGGCGGGCGACGAGAUAGCAUCACGCAUCAGGUUCACAGAUGUUGCUGCAAAAGACAAUCACAUCUACCGAUGCCGAGUUCCUGAUCUUUUUCUAGAUACGUCAGAAUGUAGCGCGCACACUGUCGCAGCAGACGUGCUCUGGGCCGGCACGCCAUUAAUUGCUUGCGCCUGGCCGAGUCAUCGACACAAGAUGUCUUCUAGGGUCGCUGCGAGCUUGGCCAGUGCUACAGGGUUUGGCGAGUACAUGGUGGUGUCCAGUAGGGAUGAAUAUGAAGAACGCGCAGUGACCUUAGGGAACAGCAUCCGUCACACUGUGCAACCCAAUGGCAAUAUGGAAGCAAGUGGGGACCUACUUGACCUGCGACGGUGUCUUUUCUUAAACAGAGAUACCAUGCCCUUGUUCGACACGGAGCGAUGGACGAGGAACUUGGAGAAGGCGUAUCGGAUGGCCUGGAGGCGGUGGGUGGAUGGUUCUAUGUUUAGGAUGAGUGACGAUGGUUGUAUCUGGGUCAAGGACGAUAUCGAUAUUCCCAUCCGUAUGGACUGA